AAUAAGUAAAUAAAAUCUUUUAAAAAAAUGAAUAUUGCUGUUUUCCCUUUCUCCUUUCAUAUUGUGUAGUUAACUUGGCACAAUGGGAAUACAAGGAUUACUGCAAUUUAUCAAAGAAGCUUCUGAGCCCAUCCACGUGAGGAAGUACAAGGGGCAGACAGUAGCGGUGGACACAUACUGCUGGCUUCACAAAGGAGCUAUUCCUUGUGCUGAAAAACUAGCCAAAGGUGAACCUACUGAUAAGUAUGUAGGAUUUUGUAUGAAAUUUGUAAAUAUGUUACUGUGUCAUGGGAUCAAACCCAUUCUUGUAUUUGAUGGAUGUACCUUACCUUCGAAGAAGGACGUGGAGACAUCAAGAAAAGAAAGACGACAAGCCAACCUUCUUAGGGGGAAGCAGCUCCUUCGGGAGGGGAAGGUCUCAGAAGCCAGAGAAUGUUUUACCCGUUGCAUCAAUAUCACGCAUGCUAUGGCCCACAAAGUAAUUAAAGCUGCCCGGGCCCAGGGAGUGGAUUGUCUCGUGGCGCCGUAUGAAGCGGAUGCGCAGUUGGCCUAUCUUAACAAAGCUGGUAUUGUACAAGCCAUAAUUACAGAGGACUCUGACCUCCUCGCGUUUGGCUGCAAAAAGGUGAUUUUAAAAAUGGACCAGGCUGGGAACGGACUAGAAAUUGAUCAGGCUCGGCUGGGAAUGUGCAAGCAGCUUGGGGACGUGUUCACAGAAGAGAAGUUCCGGUACAUGUGCAUCCUCUCAGGCUGUGACUAUCUCGCCUCCCUGCGCGGGAUCGGGUUGGCGAAGGCCUGCAAGGUACUCAGGCUGGCCAACAACCCCGACAUCGUGAAGGUUAUCAAGAAAAUUGGACAUUAUCUCAAGACGAAUAUAACAGUGCCAGAAGAUUACGUCAAAGGAUUUAUUCGGGCCAACAAUACCUUCCUUUAUCAGCUAGUUUUCGAUCCCAUGAGAAGGAAACUCGUCCCUCUGAAUGACUACGGAGAUGACGUAGACCCUGAAACCCUAAGCUAUGCUGGGCGGUAUAUUGAUGAUUCUAUAGCUCUUCAGAUAGCACUUGGAAAUAAAGAUAUAAAUACUUUUGAACAGAUCGAUGACUACAAUCCAGACUCUGCUAUGCCUGCCCAGUCAAGGAGUCAUAGCUGGGAUGACAGAACGUGUCCAAAGUCAUCUCAUAUUAAUAGCAUUUGGCAUAGGAAUUAUUCCCCUAGAGUUGAGCUGGAUGUUGUUCCAGAUGCUACAAGACUGAAGGAAAAUCCAAGUACUGUGGGCAUUGAACAACUGAUUAGUACUAAAGGGUUAAAUCUUCCAAGAAAGUUGUCCAGUGUGAAAAGACCAAGAAGUGAAGAGCUGUCAGAAGAUGACCUGUUGAGUCAGUAUUCUCUUUCAUCCACAAAGAAGACCAAGAGAAACAGCAGCUGCGAAGGUAGUAAGUCACUGAAGUCUUCCAAAACGUGCAUGCCCGACCUGUUAGAUGCGACUACUGUUAAAGAAAGCUUAAGCGCACCACCUACAAAAAGAAAUAAAUUUGCAGCAUUUUUACGGAGAAAAAAUGAAGAAAGUGGCGCAGUUGCCGUUCCAGGGACCAGAAGCAGGUUUUUUUGUAAUUCUAUGGAUUCAGUGGACUCUCUAUCAAACAAAGCAAGCAGCCAGCAUCUAGAUGAAACUGCUGUCACAGAUAAAAAGACCAAUCUAAAUGAAUCAGAAUAUUAAAGUCUAGAGGGCCAGAAGCUGGCUGAUGGGGAUGUAGCACAUGAUUCAAGUGCUCAGAUUUCAGAUAAUGGAAGCAUGGUUGCUGAUGAAGAAUCUCAGUCCUGUAAGACCAACAAACUCACAAGGACCAUUUCCCCACCCACUUUGGGGACACUGAGAAGUUGUUUUAGUUGGUCUGGAAGUCUUAGAGAGUUUUCGAGAACUCCGAGCCCCUCUCCGAGUACAGCAUUGCAUCGCUUCCGGAGAAAGGACGAUUCCCCCAGCUCCCUGCCUGAGCUUAAGACGACUGAUGGACCCCAGGCAAAGAGCGAUGAGUCCAGCGAUAAUGCACCUCCCUCACGCAGACUGGGCUGGUCUUCAGGGUCUCGGGAAAGUGUAGAAUUAUCACCACUCAGCUUAAGUGCAUCAGAGCUUUCUCGGCCUUCUAAUAAGGAUUUCGAUUCAGAGGAAUCUGAUUGCAAUUUUAAGUCACUUGAUAAUCAAGGUAAUCAGAAAUCCAAGCUACACUUAUCUCAUUUUUCAAACAAAGACAAGCUUCUAAGGAAUAAGGUUCCCGGGCUGUAUAAAUCUAGUUCUAUGGACAGUCUUUCUACAACCAAGAUCAAAGCCUUCGCUCCUGCCAGAGCCAGCGGGCUGAGCAAGAAGGCAACAGGCACCCAGAAGAGGAAACAUCAGAAUGCCGAGAACAGGCCGGGACUGCAGAUAAAAAUCAAUGAGCUCUGGAAGAAUUUUGGAUUUAAAAAGUGA